AUGACAGUUGACGCAUCAUGGAAAGUAGCGAAUAGAGGACGUACAAUUGGCUCAUUACUAACUGUUGCUGGUGAUGGUAAUGGCAUGCUUGAUAAUACAUGAUCCAAAAAAUUAAGAAAAGUAGAUCAAGUACUUUGGAAGGAUAGAAGAAGGGAUGGAAAGCAGGUGGAAUUGGUAAAAGAAAAUGUGUUACUGGAAGAGGAGCAGGAGGAGCAGAAGGAAGGAGCAGCAUCAGCAUGGAUGUGUAAUGAAAUUUUGGCGUCGUUUUAUAAAACAGCAAUAGAAGCAGCAAUAGCAAAGGUUACAACAGCAUCACAGCGAUAUUACGAUAACGCUGUAACUUGA